ACCCCUGGGUCCCCCAACCCCAAACAUGACGUCCGCCCUGUGCCUGCUGGGCUCUGCCAACGCCCUGGGCAGCCAGGACCAGGCUCUGACGGCCUCUUCCAAGGCCAGGGGCAGCAAGAUCCCGGCCAAGCGGGGCCCCCAGGCCCGAGGAAAGGGCAUACCUCCGGCCUGGCCCCCGCUGCCCUCCAAGUCCAGCGCCGUGCUCCCCGGGGUGCUGCACCCCGACGUGCAGUCCCACGUGGUGGGCUUACAGAAGAAGGUGCAGCUCCUAGAGGGUGACCGGAAGGCUUUUCAUGAGAGCUCCCAGUGGGACAUCAAGAAAAACCAAGAUGUCAUCAACCAGCUCCGUGAGGAGACCAAGAAGCUGCAGCUACAGCUGGCCGACCUGCUGCAGGGUGAUGAGAAGGUGAUCCAUGCUGUGAUCCAGGACUGGAAGGAGGAGAGGCCCUACCUGCAGAACAGGACCUGUGAGCAAGCCCUGCAGCACCUCGACAGGCAGCUGAGCGAGAAGGUGAAGCAGCUGAACGCGGCGCGCCACCAGCUGUGGCUGCGGCAGAAGUGGCUGGACGAGCUGCGGCUGCGCCACGGCCUGCGCCAGCUGGAGAUGCUGGAGGUGCGGGACAGCAGCACGGAGAUGGCCAAGACCUUGCGGAACCUGGAGAACCGCCUGGAGAAGGCGCGUAUGAAGGCGGAGGAGGCGGAGCGCAUCACCCAAGUGUACCAGCAGCUCAAGGCCUAUCUGCAGGAGGAGAGCCUUGCCAUGGGGAACCGGCUGGACUCCGCCGAGGCCCAGGUGUUGAAGACUAAACAGGAACUGGCGGAACUGCACGUGGUGAACCAGGCCGCGCUGCAUGCCCGGGACACCGCCAAGAAUCAGCUGCAGAAUCUGGAGGAGACCGUGUUACGGGAGCGCAAGAAGCGCGAGCGCUACGUGAGCGAGUGCAAGAGGCGCGCGGAGGAGAAGAAACAGCAGAACGAGCGCAUGGAGCGCAAGACCCAGCGCGAGCACCUGCUGCUACAGUCCGAAGACACCAUCCACGAAGGGCACCUUGGCAAGGAUGAGGAGCUGCGGCAGCGCUGGGGCGUGUACCAGCUGGAGAUGAUCUUUGGCAAGGUCAAGGACGCCACGGGCGCGGCCGAGACGCACUCGGUGGUGCGGCGCUUCCUGGCCCAGGGCGACACCUUGGCGCAGCUGGAGACGCUCAAGGGCGAGAACGAGCGGGUGCUGGUGACGCUGCGGGAGGAGAAGCAGCGGCUGCAGCGCGAGUUCGAGAACGUCAAGUACUCGGGCGAGGGCGCGCGAGUCAGCCAGCAGAAGCUGCAGGCCGAGAUGCAGGGGCAGCUGCGGGCGGAGGAGCAGCGGCUGGGCGAGGCGCAGCGGCAGCUGGAGCGCACCCAGCGCGCCCUGCAGACGGCCAGGGAGUGCCUGGAGCAUCUGGCCCGCAAGCUGGACCACGUCCCGGGGGACGACGAGGACUACCAGGACAAGGAGCCGGACCCCAAGGCGCCUGACUACGUGCCCGCGCUGCUGCGCCUCGUGGAGGGGAAGCUGCUCAAGCUGCAGGCGCAGCUUAGCAGCCACGACGUUCCCGAGCUGCUGCGCCACGUGGCGACCCAGGAGUUCUACGCCACCCUGGAGGGCAAGCUGCCCCCGUACAACACCCGCAUCCCGCUGCCCCUGGCUGGCAGCAAGGACAAGUACUUUGACGAAGAGGACAGCGAGGAUGAGGACGGCGAGGUGGUGACGCGCGCGGCGCUUAAGUUCCGAUCUCAGAAAUUUGUGGAAACCCGCAGCAAGAAACGCAAUCGCUCGCGGAAGCCAUAAGCUACACCCCACCCACCCCAUCCCCCCAGUGUGGCCCCCCGAGCUCGCCCACAGGGUCCUCGCAGUGGGCAGGGGCAGCCUGGCCGAGGCCCUGGACAGGGAGCA